CGCCGGAGGAAGACUUGUCACACUCCACACCAACUCGCGAGUGGAGUGUCCACAUUAUCUUCUUAUUGCUGCUUUUUUUACAACUGACAUUUUUCCCCGGUGGGGUCAUGGAUAAUCGGAUUUGCUGCAGAAUGAUGGACAGCUGAGGACACGACAGCACCGUGUCUGGAAGAGAACGUGGAUACCACAUCUAUUUCGAGAAAGGCUCAUCUGCAGGGGGAAGGCGUCAUGGCGGCGUACGGACAGACUCAGUACAGCCCCACCCUUCAAGCUGCCGGACCGUACGCACCUUACACACAUCACACGCAGGGCUAUGGCGUGCCCUCCUACAACAUCAAAACAGAGGAUGGCCUGAGCCACUCGCCAGGGGGACAAACGGGACUUUUGGGCUACUCCAACUAUGGCGGCGCCCCCGCUGGUCAGAGCCUGUACAGCUACUCCCACACACACGGUGCAGGCAUAUCCUCGGGACUUUUCCAAGGCGGCCAUGCCAUCUCCACUUCCACGCCGUUCAACCCCACCCAGCAAGAGUUCUCGUCGUACUCCAGCUACAGCCAGAGUCAGUACUCGCCCUACUACAACGCCUCGCAUCAUUACAACAGCCCCUACUUGAGCGGCAGCAACAUCAGCCCCGCCGCCAUCGCCGCCCCGCUGGCCUAUCAGCACCCGGAGCACCCCGUCAUGUUACCCAAUCACAGCCCGGAGUCUCACGCAGGAGAGUACCACACGCCGCCCAGCCCCCCCACGCCGGGUAAAGAAGAGGCAGAAAGGGGCGGAGUCUCAACACGAAGGGGGUCUGACGGGAAGCUGAGGGGAAGGAAAAGGAUCAGCGACCCAGCGCCGCCUCUAGAUGCAGACAUUGAGCUGUCCUACAGAGACCAAACAACCAACAGGACACACACCAUCAGGGCUCAGGUACCAGAAGGUUGUCAGAACGAGGAGUUUUUCUCAGCUUACUGCGAGGAUUGUUUUCCCAUGAAGCAAACUGACUACUCCGGACGCGGCGUGCAGGACUCGUCUAAAGCCGUGUCCCUGGGUUUGUGGAUGGAGGAGAUGAUCUUCAACCUGGCCGACUCGCGACUCUUCUUCAACGACUUAGAGGAAUGUGACCAGGUUCAUAUCGACGACGUGGCGUCAGACGAUAAUGGACAGGACUUGAGCACGUACAAUUUCCUGACCGACGGCUUCCAGAGCCCAGCGGGGGCCGGCUCAUUGUGUCUAGGCUCGGGGGUCCACGGCGGGGUGGACUGGAUGAGGAAGCUGGCUUUCCGAUACCGGAGGGUCAAGGAGAUUUACAACACUUACAAGAAUAAUGUCGGGGGUCUGCUGGGCAGCCCUAAGCGGGAGGAGUGGCUGCAGCUGAGGAGGGAGAUGGAGGUCCUCACUGACCUGUGGCUGACCCAAGCUCUCAAAGCUCUGGCCCUCAUUAGCACCAGGCCUAACUGUGUGAACGUGUUGGUGACCACCACACAGCUCAUCCCCGCCCUCUCCAAAGUCCUUCUGUACGGUUUGGGAGCAGCCUUCCCCAUAGAGAACAUCUACAGCGCCACCAAGAUCGGCAAAGAGAGCUGCUUCGAGCGCAUCUCUCAGAGGUUUGGAAGGAGAGCCGUCUACGUGGUGGUCGGGGACGGGGCCGAAGAGGAGGCAGUGGCUAAGAAGAAGACCAUGCCGUUCUGGAGGGUCUCUUGCCGGGCAGACCUGGAGGCUCUGAGCCACGCACUGGAGCUGGACUACCUCUAGAGGGCGACACCUCCACCUGCGGCACCACUUGAACUCUUCAACUGCACACCGGAAGUGCCAUUCAAAAAAAAAAGACUGAUUCGGAGUCAGUGGCGCCGACGUGGUUUUUGGUUGCUAGGCGACGCUGCAUGACGUCUGAACAUACCAAAACAAGCCAAGGACCAAACAACAGGGAACUGCCAUAAAUAUUUGUUGUUUUUUUUAAUUCAUCUCAUCAUUCCUAAUGCACAACAUUUUUCUUCCAUUUUCUUCUCAUCAAAACCACAUUUUUGGGUCUUAAUAGAUUGGUAGGAAUAUGAAAUAAAAUAGCAUCAUAGUUAGAGGCUAUUGAAAAAAUACUCUUGAUUGUAUUUCACCAGUUUAAAAUGUGAGCUAUUUAUUGUUGGCAUAAAAGAAUAUGGCCUUGUCAUUGUGGGAUGUAAAUGUUUGUGUGCUGUGUUUUAACCCCUUCUUGUUUAACCCGAGACUGGCUGUGCAUGUGCUAUGAUUACACUGCCUGUCAUCUUUACUUUGAUUUGUAUAUAAUGCUUUAUGGUCACUUUUCUUUUGACAGAUGGUUAAAAUAGACUUAAUAAAAAAUAAGUUAAUUGCACUGUGAAUGCC